GCUUAACGAACGGGGCCGCUUUUGAAACGUUGCAGGUUUUCAGUGAUUGAGCAGCCGUUCUGUGGGGUGCAGUGGAUAUCAUCUUAUUUCGCCACUUCUGUAUAUUAUACGUGAAGAGGAUACGGAGGCUUUUUGUUUUGUUUACACUGCUAACUGGAACAUUUUUUUAUCUCACCGAACAACUUCUGUUAAUAAUAUUGUGUUUUGAAUUAUGCUGUACUGUGUUGGGACUACAGUUUAACCAGCGUCCCUCUGUCGUGACUUUGCUCGGCGGGCUUAUUUUGUGAGGCCCUUCUAAUUAAUUUCGAGUAAGAUAAAGCGUUAAUUCUCCUCAAAAUGAGCGCAGGGAUCGGCAAACAGGCGAAGCCGGCGGUGCACGCCGACCCAAAGGCGGCAGCUCCCCUGAAGGAGAUCCCGGAUAUCUUGGUGGACCCUCGGACCUCGAAGCGUUACAUGCGCGGACGGUUCUUGGGCAAAGGCGGCUUCGCCAAAUGCUAUGAGAUCACCGAUCUGGACACCAAGGAGGUGUUCGCCGGUAAAGUGGUCCCCAAGUCGAUGCUGCUUAAGCCUCACCAAAAGGAGAAGAUGUCCAUGGAGAUCACCAUCCAUAAGUCGUUGGAGCACCCCCACGUUGUGGGGUUUCACGGUUUUUUUGAGGAUGACGACUUUGUGUAUGUCGUGCUGGAGAUCUGCCGGAGAAGGUCCCUGUUGGAGUUGCACAAAAGGAGGAAGGCAGUGACUGAACCGGAAGCACGAUACUACAUGAGGCAGAUGAUCCAGGGCUGUCAGUACCUUCACAACAACCGGGUCAUCCACAGGGACCUCAAGCUGGGCAACCUCUUUCUGAAUGAUGAUAUGGAAGUGAAGAUAGGUGAUUUUGGUCUUGCUACAAAGAUUGAGUUUGAUGGUGAGAGGAAGAAGACAUUGUGCGGGACGCCCAAUUACAUUGCGCCAGAAAUCCUGUGCAAGAAGGGUCACAGCUUUGAGGUGGACAUCUGGUCACUGGGGUGCAUCCUCUAUACCUUACUUGUGGGGAAGCCUCCAUUUGAGACAUCCUGCCUGAAAGAUACAUACCUCCGCAUUAAGAAAAACGAGUACAUGAUUCCACGGCACAUAAAUCCAGUGGCAGCCACACUGAUCAAGAGAAUGCUAAACGCUGAUCCCACCCUGAGGCCCACCAUUGGCGACCUGCUGUUGGACGAGUUUUUCACGUCGGGGUACAUCCCCCUGCGCCUGCCCACCACCUGCCUCACAGUGCCUCCCCGGUUUUCUAUCGCUCCCAGUUCCUUAGAAUCAGAUCACCGUAAACCUCUCACUGCCAUCAACAGAGGAACAGACAGUCCAGUAGAGAAUGUAGAAAAGAUGAACCAGAAAGAAGAGCCCCAGCUUAAGGAAGAAUCGGAGCCUGCAGAUUGUUACCUUUCAGACUUGUUGAAACAGCUUGCCGACUUUAAUGCAGCCAAGCCCUCUGAGAAAACAGUAAUCCGUCAAGAGGAAGCUGAGGAUCCAGCCUGUGUCCCCAUCUUCUGGAUAAGCAAAUGGGUGGACUACUCUGAUAAAUAUGGCCUAGGGUAUCAGCUCUGCGACAACAGUGUGGGUGUGCUCUUCAACGACUCCACACGGCUCAUCAUGUACGAUGACGGGGAUCGUCUGCAGUACAUCGACAGGAACUCAGAGGAGUCGUAUCUAAGAGUGCGGUCGUACCCAUCCAUGCUCACCAAAAAGAUCACCCUGCUGAAGUACUUCCGUAACUACAUGAGUGAGCACCUUCUGAAGGCUGGGGCUAACAUCACUCCACGGGACGGAGAUGAGCUGGCUCGCUUGCCUUACCUGCGCCACUGGUUCCGCACUAAAAGCGCCAUAGUGCUGCACUUGAGCAACGGCACCGUGCAGAUCAACUUCUUCCAGGACCACACCAAGCUGAUUCUCUGCCCACUGAUGGCUGCAGUAACAUAUAUCGAUCAGAAGAGGGAGUUCCGCACCUACAGAAUGGCCCAGAUCGAGCAGUACGGCUGCUGCAGGGAGCUGGCCAGCCGCAUGCGUUAUGCUCGAACCAUGGUGGAGAAGCUGAUGGCUUGCAAGUCCUCAGUGGGACGCAAGCCAACGGCGGAGGUGGAGCAUGCCUAGGUGCCACCCCUGAAUGCCCUCUCUACAUCGCGCUUCAUACUUUUAAAAUUUCUUUAACAAAACAUGCACGCCUUUAAGAUUACGCUGGUUAAACUGUUGUUCAAAGGGUGUCCUCCUGUGCCUCUACCAACUUGUGUAUACUUGAACUUGGAUGAUGACUUAUUUGUCUUGUAAAAAAUGUACUGUUCAAUACACAUUUCCUUGGUUCCCAUUUAAAUGUAAACAAUCCUCCAUAAUAAUCAAGAUGAUAGGAUGUCGUCUUAUCAUGUUAUUACUCUGUAUGUGUGUCGGCUGCCUUCUGUACAGAAGUUCACUGUAUAAAAUCCUAGGUGGGAGGAAUACAAUGUUUACAUGAGAUUUUAAGUCAUUUGGUAUAUACCAAGUAAAUAAAGAUGUUUUCAGAAGUAA